AUGUCGUCUUCAUCGACCGAUCAAGCAGUGAGCGCUGACCCCCAGCACAUCGCCAUGGAAACAUACUGGCAAGAAUUGGAGAGCAUGGAGGAACAGGAAGAGGAGGAGGAGGAGGAAAGGAGGAGUAUGGACGAGCUGGAGUUGGAGGAAGCAUGGCUAAACGAGGCGGGGCUAUCUUCUCUGCUGGUCGGUUCGUCGGCCGAGGAAGCUCCUCCCCCUGCCCGGGCGCCGUCCCCUGCCCGGGCCCUCCUGGCCACGCUGACGCGGCAACAAACGCUCACCGUCAAGACGCGACUACGCAACUACACACACACGCUGAAGAACUCGCACAAACAAGCUAUCGUGCACGUCAAGGACAUCUUUGCUGUAAGUCUCUCACACGCAAACGGCGUGCACGCACUCGAGCUCACUCCGUGGCGCCAGUGGUUGUUUUUCUUUCUUCAGCCCGACUUUGAGUCUGUCGUAAGCUCCGCCCUUCAGAGUGACACCAGCCAAUCAGCGCAAAGUUGCUACGACAAAAACACCACCAAAACCAUACGGAGACACACCAAGUCCGCGCACCCCGACCUUUCCUCGUUCUGUUACGACGUCAGGCCUUCGUCCCCGCCUGCGACCUCAAAGCACCCGGCAGCUACUCAAUCUGAGCGGGCCAGGCCAGCUGAUUGGUUGGCGCGCAACAGUCCGUACUCUGACGGCGUGGCGGAGCAUAAACGGAGCGAGACUUGUUGGGACUGUCUGCUUGACCGCGGCAGGGACGUGCCGUAUGUGUGUCCAAGUCAGGGCAUGACCCAGGCAGACGACCUGUCGUCGGCCGAUGUGAAGCGACUGCGUUUCAUCUGCCACAUCGAGCUCUCCACCUUCCUGCUGGCUUUGGGCGUUCAAAGCAAACGCAUGCGGGCAGCGCGCAACAGGAGCGGCGCCGGCGCCGUCUUUGCUGUUCCGCUCAAUGCGCUGCUGGACAACGACAGGAAGAAAUGUCCCGGGCUUAAAGUUCCUCUCGUCUUUCACAAGUUGUUAUGUGUGUUACAGCAGACUGGCCUGCAAACUGAAGGCAUUCUCAGAAUAUCCGGAUCAGUCGCUCGUCUCAAGUACCUGCGCAGAGAGUUAGACAGGUGUCCGGAGGGGUUCGACUGGUCAGCGGUGCGACCGGUGGACGCCGCUGGUCUCUUGAAGCUUUUCAUCCGAGAGCUGCCCACUCCUCUGCUGACGCAUGCGCACCUGCCCACCUUCCGCGCCGUUUUGGGUGUGUCGGGAUCGGUGCACCAGGUUCAGGCGUUGCAGUUGUUGUCUUUGUUGCUUCCUGAGGCACACCGAGAAACUCUCAAAGCUCUGCUGGUCUUCCUUCACCAGGUAGUCUCCCAUCAGGAGCAAAACCGGAUGUCCCUUUGGAACGUGGCCACAGUCAUGGCGCCCAACCUCUUCACCACCCAUCGCCGCGGCAGCAAGGAGCGAGAUGGCCUUGAGGAGGUGGUGGGUGGGACUCACUUGGUCCGGCUCAUGAUCAUGCACCAGGAACUGCUUUGGACAGUCCCCAAUUUCCUUUUAUCUCAGCUAAGACAGAUGAACCAAGCGUCCAAUCAUAAGCUUGGUCGUUUGCUCAGGACCAGGAAUGACAAAAACAAGAAGCAGGUGACCGAGCUGUGCGAAGGCGUCAUUAAGGUUUACGCUCCGUUCCACGCCAAAGUUUCUAUGGCAAUACAGCUCGACAGGCAGAUGACAGCCCAAGAUGUCACUGCCCACUUCAAGAGCGACAGCAGCGGCGCGCAGCGUCUCUUUGAAGUCGGGGGCAACAUUGGCGAGCGGCGUCUCCACCCGGACUGCCUUCUGCUGGACGUGUACCGCGAAAACCCUGGCUGCGAAUGGCUGGUCAAGCCCUGAACGGAGCGAGCGGGAUGCCGACUGGCCGGCCGGUCGUCCACCUCGACGUUUGGCUCAUGAAACUGAACAAAGAGUUUUAUUUGAAACGCGGGCGAGCGUUUGUGUACGUCACGAUCAGCUCAUGUGGUCCACGUGCGACUCCUCGGCAGCCAUGGCGGCGGCCUGCAGGGCUUCCGUGUCACUCUGCAGAGGAUUAGCCAACUUCCUCUCGCUGUGCAUGUUGUUCUCGUGACGCUUCAGAUCGGACGCCUGUCGACACACAGGAAACACCGGCGUGCGGUCAGUCGCGUCGCAAAAGCCCACGCCGGCGAGCAUUUCCGGCAAACAAACGCAAAGUGCGGGCGAGAUUCAAGACUUCACGAUACAAAGAAUAAAAGAUGGCAGCGUCAA